AUGACCUACCAUCAAUUCGCAAUGCGUGGACCACCUCCUCAGUCUGGCUUCUGGUCAUCUGCGGAUGAGAGCAUCUACAAACCCCCGAAGCAUGUCAACGAAAGACAUCAACCACAACAUCCUCAAUCGUACAGCAAUACCAGGCCUACAGAUUACAACCAUUUGUCGUCAAUUACUCAAGGCGUUUCUUCAAGAGUGCCGAUGUUUGCGAAUUAUUGGCCACUAAACGACCUCAUCUUUGAUGAUAUGACUGUGCCCACAGGCUCAACAUCCACCUCUGCUGCACCACAAACUCACUUCCAAUAUGUUGACUACGGUCACAUGCAUCAUCCACAUGAUAGAUCGCACAUACACUACUCAGUCGCUCCACCUCCAUAUUUCGAGCCUGCUUCCGCCGUGACCUAUGCAACACAGCCUAUUCCACCUGCGUCAACCUCACAGCCAGAGCAAACUGUUCAAAGCCUUCCUGAUAACGAAAACACUCUGAAGAAGAUGAGACAUGAGCGUGAAUUGGUCUUUGACAAUGCAGCCGCGGAACUUGAGCGAGCCAAGUGCGACAAUGGUCCAUCCGUUCAAUCUAACAAAGCCUGGGAGGAUGCCUGGGGAUUGUUGCGCGAACGGAUGACAAAGAUGUGA